AUGACCCUGGUCUUACCCCAACAAGCCAGGCAUGGUGGGCAUAUUUAUCAUUACUAUAUUCAUGGCCAAAAGGAAAUGAAAUACGUACAUUCGGAAAGGAAGUUUGAACCUUUCAACAAUAUAGAUAUUGAAUGGAAGGGAUUAAUCCGCUAUCAUUCCUUCUUAUAUGAUAGAGAAAACCUACCUGAUGAUCCAUGCUUUCCGUCAAAGUUAAAGGAUGAAGAUGAUGAUGAUGAUUGUUUCAUACUUGAGAAAGCAGCAAGAGGGAAAAGACCUAUUUUUGAAUGUUUCUGGAAUGGACGAUUGAUACCAUACACAUCUGUUGAAGACUUUGACUGGUGUACACCUCCUAAGAAGAGAGGGCUUGCACCAAUUGAGUGCUACAAUAGAAUAUCUGGUGCAUUAUUCACUAAUGACAAAUUUCAAGUCAGCACAAAUAAACUGACAUUUAUGGAUCUUGAGCUGAAAUUGAAAGACAAGAACACCCUUUUUACAAGGAUUUUAAAUGGACAGGAGCAGCGAAUGAAAAUUGACAGAGAAUUUGCCUUGUGGCUAAAGGACUGUCAUGAAAAGUAUGACAAACAAAUAAAAUUUACCCUUUUUAAAGGGAUAAUUACACGUGCUGAUCUUCCAUCUAAAAAGCAAGGUCCAUGGGCAACAUACUCAGCAAUAGAAUGGGAUGGAAAAAUUUACAAAGCAGGACAGCUGGUCAAAACAAUCAAGACACUGCCCCUCUUUUACGGAAGCAUAGUAAGAUUUUUUCUUUAUGGUGAUCAUGAUGGAGAAGUAUAUGCUACAGGAGGAGAAGUUCAAAUUGCAAUGGAACCUCAGGCACUAUAUGAUGAAAUAAAAACCGUGCCAAUUGCAAAGCUGGAUAGAACAGUUCCUGAGAAAGCUGUUAGAAAAUAUGUAGAAGAUGAAAUGGCAAGGCUCCCUGAUAGAUUGUCAGUAACUUGGCCUGAAGGAGAUGAAUUAUUGCCUAAUGAGAUUAAGCCUGCUGGAACCCCCAUUGGUGCGUUAAGAAAAUAAAAUUGAAUAAAAAAAGGGGAAGCAAUGCAAAAGCUUCCAGGAACAAGUCAUGGAGGGUCUAAGAAACUCCUAGUUGAGCUUAAAGUUAUAUUACACACUUCAAGUGGAAAUAAAGAAAUCAUUUCACAUAUAAGUCAGCAUGGAGGAAAAUGGCCUUACUGGUUCAAAAAAAUGGAAAAUAUUCAAAAGUUGGGGAAUUACACAUUGAAAUUACAAGUUGUAUUGAAUGAAAGUAAUGCAGACACUUAUGCAGGAAGACCACUACCAUCUAAAGCAAUUAAAUUUUCUGUUAAAGAGGGCAAACCAGAGAAAUUCUCUUUUGGUCUUCUGGAUCUUCCUUUACGUGUUGGAGUUCCAUUUAAUAUCCCUUUGGAGUUUCAGGAUGAAUUUGGUCAUACUACUCAACUAGUAACUGAUAUUCAGCCAGUUCUUGAAGCAAGUGGUUUAUCUUUACAUUAUGAAGAAGUAACCAAAGGACCAAAUUGUGUAACGGGUGUUACAGCAAAGGGCCCUGUUAAUUCUUGUCAAGGCAAGAAUUUUAACCUGAAGGUUAUUCUGCCCGGUUUAAAAGAAGAUUCUCAAAUUUUGAAAAUUAGACUACUACCUGGUCCCCCUCAUCGAUUAAAAGUCAAACCCGAUUCUGAAUUUUUAGUUAUAGAAAAUGGGACAGCUUUCCCAUUUCAGGUGGAAGUUCUUGAUGAAUCAGACAACAUAACAGCACAACCAAAAUUGAUUGUUCAUUGUAAGUUUUUAGGUGGUCCAAACCUUCCAGUCUAUGUUGUGGAUUGCAGUAGUUCUGGAACCAGUAUUUUAACAGGACCUGCAAUUCAAGUUCAAAAUAUUAAAAAAGACCAGACACUCAAAGCAAGAAUUGAAAUACCUAGUUGUAAAGAUGUGUUACCUGUGGAAAAAACUAUUAAGUUGCUUCCCAGUAGCCACGUUGCACGACUACAAAUAUUUAGCCUAGAGGGACAGAAGGCAAUCCAGAUCAAACAUCAGGAUGAGGUUAAUUGGAUAGCAGGUGAUGUUAUGCAUAAUCUUAUUUUUCAAAUGUAUGAUGAAGGAGAAAGAGAAAUCAACAUAACAUCAGCUUUAGCAGAAAAAAUUAAGGUUAAUUGGACUCCUGAGAUUAACAAAGAACACUUACUACAGGGUCUGCUUCCUGAUGUACAAGUACCAACAUCCGUGAAAGAUAUGCGCUACUGCCAGGUUUCAUUCCAAGAUGAUCAUGUGUCUUUGGAAAGUGCAUUCACAGUAAGACCACUUCCUGAUGAACCCAAACAUUUAAAAUGUCAAUUAAAAGGAGGAAAAACAGUGCAGAUGGGCCAGGAACUUCAAGGAGAAGUAGUUAUAAUCAUUACAGAUCAGUAUGGAAAUCAGAUUCCAGCAUUUUCACCAGGUUCUUUAUCUGCUUUGUCAAUUGCUGGGGUUGGACUAGAUAACUCAAAUUUGAAAACUACUUUGCAGGAAAACACACAAAGUAUAAGUGUAAGAGGCAUCAGAUUUAUUCCAGGUCCUCCCGGAAAUAAGGAUCUUUGUUUUACUUGGCGUGAGUUUUCUGACUUUAUUCGAGUGCAGCUAAUUUCUGGACCUCCAGCUAAACUUCUGCUUAUAGACUGGCCAGAACUAAAGGAGUCUAUUCCAGUGAUUAAUGGAAGAGAAUUACAGAACCCUCUUGCUGUUCAACUUUGUGAUCAGUGGGAUAAUCCAGCACCAGUACCACACGUUAAAAUAAGUCUUGUAAAAGCUAGUAGUUUAAAGCUCACGCCUUCAAAUCAACAGCAUAAAACAGAUGAGAAAGGCAGGGCUAACUUGGGAGUGUUCAUUGUUUUUGCCCCUAGGGGAGAACAUACUAUGCAGGUUAAAGCCAUCUAUAACAAGAGUACCAUAGAAGGACCUAUAAUUAAGUUAAUGAUUCUUCCAGACCCUGAAAAACCCAUUCGACUCAAUGUUAAAUACGACAAAGAUGCUUCCUUUUUAGCAGGGGAUGUUUUCACUGAUUUUAUGGUUAGCGUUAUUUCUGAAGAUGACAGUGUCAUCAAAAAUAUUAAUCCAGCACGUAUUUCCAUGAAAAUGUGGAAGCUGACUAGUAAUGCAAACCGACCACCUGCAAAUGCAGAAACAUUUAGUUGUAAUAAAAUAAAGGAUAAUGACAAGGAAGAUGGGUGCUUCUAUUUCAGGGAUAAAGUAAUUCCUAACAAAGUGGGGACAUACUGUAUCCAGUUUGGUUUUAUGAUGGAUAAAGCUAAUAUGCUCAACAGUGAACAGGUUAUAGUUGAUGUUCUGCCUAAUCUGCCUAUGAAGUUGGUUCCUGAAAUUCAACCAGCUACCCCAGCUGUCUCUAAUGUUCGCUCAGUUGCCAGUAGGACCUUGGUCAGAGACUUACGUCUCAGUAUUACGGAUAAUUAUGGCAAUCAUACUGGAAUGAAUUUGGUUGGCAGUGUAUUAGCUACCAUUAAAGGUUUUAAUGAGGAAGAUACUGAUACCCCCCUCUUUAUUGGGAAAGUUAGAACACUCGAAUUUCCCUUUGUGAAUGGUUCAGCUGAUAUUACGAGUCUAGUGCUGGCAGAAAAUAGCCCUGGAAGGGAUAGUACUGAAUACUUUAUUGUUUUUGAGCCUCGGCUAUCACCUUUAUCAAGAACAUUAGAAUCAUAUAUCCUACCAUUUAUGUUUUACAAUGAUGUUAAGAAACAGCAACAAAUGGCAGCACUUACAAAAGAAAAGGAUGAGUUAUCUAAGUCUAUUAUUGUGUAUAGAAGCUUAUUUGAAGCCAGCAAACAACUUCUUGAUGAAAUGAAAUGCCAAGUUGAAGAAGCACAAUUAAAAGAGGCCCAGUUGAGAAAUGAACUAAAAGCACAUAAUAUUGAUAUGCCUACAACACAACAGAUGCCUCACAUUGAAGCACUUUUGAAAAGAAAGAUAUCUGAACAGGAAGAACUAAAGAAAAAGCCUAGAAGAUCAUGUACUCUUCCAAAUUAUACUAAAGGCAGUGGAGAUGUUUUAGGAAAGAUUGCACAUCUCGCACAAAUUGAAGAUGAUAGAGCUGCAAUGGUUAUUUCUUGGCAUCUGGCAAGUGACAUGGACUGUGUGGUUACCCUAACCACUGAUGCUGCACGUCGCAUCUAUGAUGAAACCCAAGGUCGCCAACAGGUGUUACCCCUUGAUUCUAUUUAUAAGAAGACUCUGCCAGAUUGGAAAAGGUUAGAGAAAAGUGAGAGUAAUAAUCUUUUCUAACACACUUUGUCUGCUUUGUUGCUUUGUAAUUCUAGGGAUUAAAACCAGGAUCUCACACAUGCUGAACAAGAGUUCUAC